AGUCUUCUAAAGUCAAAACUGUAUCAAACAAACAAGUGUUUGCUUUCCUUCACUUCUGCAAAACCUCCGCCUUCUUCAUUUUCCUUCAUUUUUUUUUUCUUUUGAUUUUCAUUUUUUUUUGCCUUGUUUUUGAUCAUCCCUUCAUUUUCCCUGAAAUGAUUGAAUUAAAUGGGGGAGUUUGAAGGGAUGAUUAUAAAAAUUUGAUCAAUUAUCAAUUAAUCAGUGUAACGGAGUCAUGGAUUUUGAAGACGGGGUGUUGAUUUUAUAGUCGUAUAUACAAAAUUGUUGCAUAAUUUACAAUAAAAAUCAAAUCUUUUUAAGGGUUUUAUAAAUUGUGGGCAUGAUUUCUAAUGAAAAUGGAGAGGGUAGUCCGUUUUAAUUUCUGGGCAGUUUUUAUUUCAUAUAACGAUGCCAAUUCUCUUUUCUAAGAUCGGCAUUCGAUUUUUCUACUUAUUUUGAUCAAAAUAAUCUUUUUUCGGAUUUAAAAAAAACCUCUUUUUUUUUUUUUUUUUUUUUUUUUUUUUUUUUUUUUUUUUUGUAAAAAUUGAAAACAAAAAUUUUCUGCAUAUUUUUUUUUUUUUUGAAUUGCAGGGAUGUCGCCCGGAAAAGGAUCAGCUGCUCCUACCAAUGACAAUGAGGCAGGUGAACCCGAGUUUGUGGAGAAAGAUCCAACCGGUCGCUAUGUUCGGUUUGGUGAAGUCUUAGGGAAAGGAGCGUUCAAGUCAGUUUAUAGGGCAUUUGACGAAGUCAAUGGAAUAGAGGUUGCUUGGAAUCGUGUGAAGAUCAAUGAUGUUCUACGGUCUCCAGAAGGACUGGAGAAGCUAUAUUCUGAAGUUAAUCUUCUCAAGAAAUUAAAACAUGAAAACAUCAUAAAGCUGUAUGAUUCAUGGGUGGAUGACAAGAAGAAAACGGUGAACAUGAUCACUGAACUCUUCACAUCUGGCAAUUUGAGGGAAUAUCGAAAGAAGCACAGAAAUGUAGACAUGAAGGCUGUGAAGAAUUGGGCAAGACAGAUUCUCAGGGGUUUAGCUUAUCUUCAUAGUCAUGACCCACCAGUUAUACACCGAGAUUUGAAAUGUGACAAUAUUUUUAUCAAUGGAAAUAAUGGAGAGGUUAAGAUUGGAGAUCUAGGAUUAGCAACUGUCAUGCAGCAGCCAACUGCACACAGUGUCAUUGGUGAGGCUUUAAGUUUUGUUUCGCCAUCUUUAGAUAGUGAGAAGAGUUUUGUUGACUUGUUUUGUGUUUUUAUAAUAGGAACACCCGAAUUCAUGGCUCCAGAGCUCUACGAAGAAGAUUAUAACGAACUCGCUGACGUAUAUUCUUUUGGAAUGUGCAUGUUAGAGAUGGUAACUUUUGAAUAUCCUUAUAGUGAAUGCAAAAAUCCAGCUCAAAUUUUCAAGAAGGUUACCUCUGGCAUUAAGCCAGCUUCCCUUGCCAAGGUGAAAGAUCUUCGAAUGAAGGAGUUUAUUGAGAAGUGUUUGGUUCCUGUUUCAGAAAGAUUGCCGGCAAAGGAGCUACUCAAGGACUCUUUCCUUCAAGUGGAAAGCCCAAAAGAGCCCAUACGCCAUCCCAUUGUGAUGCCCAGCCAACCUCCCAGAUCCACUGCUUCAACAUCAACGUCUCAUUCCAUUGAUCUUGAUGCUGAUCAUUGUAAACUUAACCACUGGAGCAACUCAUCUGGUAAUGGCUACGUCAGUCCAACCAACCAAGUUUUGGAAUUCACGAGGGCUCAUAUGGGAAAUUUGUUCCAACUAAGAGGGAAGAAAAAUCAUGAUGACAACUCCAUAUCCUUGACGUUGCGUAUUGUGUACCCCUCAGAUGUGUUUGCUGAGGAUUCUUCUGGCAUUUUAGGUAAAGCAUUGCAAAGCCUUGACUACUGCAUCGAUGAUUGUUGCAAACGUUUGAGUGUCAAAAAACCUGAGAUGGAUAUUGGAGAAUCACACAGAGAAGAAUACAAAAUUUCAAGAAAUAAUAACCAUCUCAGUGGAUGUACCCACUUGAAUGAGGUGACCAAAAACUCCGAAGGUGCAUCUUCAAUGGAACAUGGUGGAAUUUCUGGUUUAACUAGCUUAGCUAGCAGUUCCUCCUCCUCGUUAAAUGAGGAAGAACAAGAUGAUGAACUAAGGGCAGACCUUGCUUCUAUCGAAACUCAGUAUCAGCACUGGUUCGAAGAACUUGCUAGAAUGAGGGAAGAGGCAUUAGAGGCUGCUAAAAAGAAGUGGAUGAUGAAGAAAAAGAUGGUUGCUCUUUCAGUGUGAAUAUUGUGAAUAAUUUUAUGUUUUUUUUUUUUUUUUUUUUCCAAAAUUUUUCUUAUUAGCGGUAAUGUUAUGUUAACCCUCCAUGCCAGAUUUUUUUUAGUUGUGGUAAAUUUAGCUUUUGGAAAGCCUGUCUAAGCUUUAGUUAAGGUUUCUUUGCACAUAUUCAUACAUUCUUUUUGAUUUAUUUGUAGCCUUCUUCAGUUCUUCUGUAGGUUGGUAGAUGAUUUUUAUUGAAUUGGAAAUAGAAACAGUUGAGAGGACAAUGUGUACAUAUAUUGAGAAUUAUUAAUGUAUAACUUGGCAUUAAGCAUUUA